GUACGGCACUGUCUAAUCGGAUGAAUGGCGUUUUGUAUGUGUAAAAAUACAGACAACUUGAAUUUAAAAUGUUAUUUAGCAUUGCGAUACGCGUCGGCAGUCCUAUAUGUUUCCGUGACUCAUGUGUUUUCAAUGGGUCUUUUCGAUUCUGAAAAUAUUUCACAAUAUCAGUUAUUAUUCAACUCGCCUGCCGUAAACAUAGUGCCGAGUGUCAUUCAUAUCAAUCUGCGUUGUUUAAGUUGCGUUACUCAAUUGGGAUUUCACAAUAUUUUGAAAGUCGUCAGCCUUUUUGGCUUAUCACUUUGACUCGAUUUCUUCAUUCACCGCAGAGUGUUUUGUGUCGAAUGAUGGAACCAGAAAAAGGGCAAAUCCAACAAUGGGAACUAUUGGAUUUCUCCGAUGAGAUUUUAUUGCAAAUCUUCACAAAUUCCAGUGAUAUUGACUUGCUGAACGCCACACGGGUGUGUAAACGUUUCAAAGCGAUCGCAAAGGAUGCUUAUGCAAAGAGAUACAAUGGUGAUUUAGACGAUAAAUAUUAUGAAAUCACCGUGCAUCACGGCGACGGUGAACAAGUUCCAAAGUUGCACUGUCAAUUUUUACAAACCUUCGGCAAUGAAAUGACAGCGAUAAAAAUCAGUGCUAAGCGUCGCCGAAUAUGGAAUAGACUGAUAAAGCUGAUAGACAAACAUUGCCAUUCCACAAAAUACCUCAUCAUCUCGAAUUAUAGAUACAAUUUGCCGCUUACAAAAUUGAUUAGAUCAAUGUCAGCAUUGACCCGCCUCACCAUAAAACGAUUAGAAUGUAAGAACUUCAUUUGGACCGCCAUCCAAUUUCCACAGUUGAACUAUUUGGCCAUUGAAGAAAUUUCCAAUUUGGAUAUUGCACAUUUGGAGCUAUUUCUACAGAUGAAUCCACAGUUGAAAGAACUUCGUGUAUCGAGAUGCAAUAAAUUUCCGUUGAGCUUGAUUCAUAUGCUCACAGAUAAAUUCACAAAACUCAAAGCGCUCGACUAUGUUGGCACAGAAAAUGAUUUUGUGGACACUUGCCCUGACAUCGAAAUGGAACAACUGGAAUCAUUGGCGAUAUCCGUAGGUCAAACAUCAUUCCAGAAGGUACUUGGGGCCAUCGCUAGGGGGAGUAAAAUGAUUCAACGGCUAGAAGUCUUUUGGGAGGGUGAAAGCGAAGCCAAUGGCAUACACGAUCAGUUUGAUGACACAUUCCCUUUGUUUGAACGAUUAACAUUUUUACACUUGCACCGAUUCGAUUUAACACCAAAUGUGAUUAUGAAUCUGGCUCGUAAUCUGCCAAAACUGGUCACAUUGGCACUAGAAGAUUUAAGACUUAACGAUCUAUCGCCAGACGAUGUACUUUUGCUAUUCAAAUCGUGCAAACAUAUGAAGGAAUUGCUGUGGGUAUCUUUCAAAUAUGACCAUCUUAUGGAUGUGAAACAGUUCACUUUGGGAUUUCAUCGCGAAUUCACCCAUGUUGUUCGAAGCCGUGGUGCAGAUGUAAAGUUUGAGCUCAAUCAGCCUGAUACAAAAAUAAUAAUCACUCCGGAAAAAAUGAUCAUAAAUGAUGAAUUGUUCUAUUGGACUGCCUACGAGGCAUCGAAAAGCCGCUCAACAGUACGGUUUCUUGAUCUCACCGAUGAGUGUUUGGAGAAGGUAUAUUUUUACCUGAAUGAAGAGAGUGAACGAGCAUUGUACGAGACCUGUACUCGAACAAAAAAAGCGAUGGAAGAUAGAAUCAAGGCACAUGAUUUCACUGUUUGUGAUAUAAACAGUGCCAAGGACGCGUUUAAUCGAUUUGGAGAGCACAUCAGGAAGCUAUCAAUCGACAUGAAUUCAAAUGAUCGUAUACAGAUGGCCGAGACUUGGAAAUUGAUCGGCGACAAUCACAAUGAGAAUCUAAUUGAAAUGUCGUUCGAUAAAGUUACUGUCGACGCGAUGGUUUCGCUGAAGACGAAAUUUCCAAAUUUAACGAAACUAAAAGUUAUGUCCAUGAGCUCAAAGUGUGUCCAUAUUUUCCCACCCAUGGAAUGCCCAAAACUAACUCACCUCGAAUUUCACAAUGGAAAAAUUACUCUUUCAUCCAACGCUAAAAGUAUUGGAGCCUCCCUCGACCACUUGACAACCAUCAAACUCAGCCACUUUAGUGAUAACAUCGAAAAAAUCCUUCAUACUUUAGAUGAAAACAUCUGUGAUCAGCUGCAAAUGUUUACGGUACUUACAUCGGAAAAGACUCAGGCGGCUUACGAUAAAAUGAUAAGCAUUGCCUCGCGAUUCCGAAAUCUCACCACGUUACAUUUAACCAUAGAAAAAAUCGAAACGGCCAAUCCAAAACACCUCUUUUUUACUUGCACCAAAUUAGUGGAACUCACUUUGGGAUUUGGUUAUACGUACGAAAUUGAUGAGUGGCGCAAAAUAAUACAGUACAUUAAAGAGAAUUGCAAACAAUUGAAAGUGAUUCAAUUAUUCCGGGAUUAUACGUCACCAUUUGGACAUAAGGUUUUGAUUGAAAUUGUCGAUUCAUUACCAAAUGUCACGUUGAAUUUAAUUAUGUACACGAAUGAAACGUAUAGAAUUGAAACGUUUCGAAAAGUGACUGAUUUAGAUCGUAAGAAGCCAUACUAAUCAAUAUUUUUUUUAUGUUAUAUUAAGUGAUUCAACGAUAAUUCAAUAAUAUGAAGCAACAAUAUUGUAUGAAAUGUACACACUUUUGUAGUCCCUUUAGGGAGUAAAAAAGAAGGAAAAACAAAAAUUUUUUAACUUUUUCUUGACACCAAAGAAUUUAUUUCCUAAAUAAAAACAUGACGAAAUUUCACGGAAAAA